AUGGCUCUCAAACAAUGCUGUGCCACGGGCUCGCUGCAUACAGGAAUUCCAACUGGUCGUAUUGAGAAGGUCCACGGCCUCGAUUGCUACAUCUCGGAUGCACCCACUGGCUCUCCAAAAGGCAUCAUCGUGAUUAUUGCAGAUAUAUUUGGCUGGAMGCUGCCAAACGUUAGAAUCCUCGCCGACAAUUACGCGAAGCAAGCCCACGUACAAGUGUAUGUGCCUGAAUUUAUGAACGGUUUCGAAUCGUUGAUUUCCUUGAAAGCUCUGAGCGCUUCGGGCUUUUGGAAUCAGGUCUGGAAGAUUGGACAUGCUCUUUACGUUGCUCGUAUUGCCACACCAUUUCUGUAUUAUUGCCGAGCAUCAGUGGCAGGACCUAAGAUAUACAACUGGCUCAAGGCGCUGAAAAAGAAUGAGGCCAAGGACUUGCCAAUCGGCACAGCAGGGUUCUGCUGGGGUGGCCUCUGGGUCACGAAGAUCUGCAGUAAUGAAGUGAAGGCGGAUGAUGGAUCGCAACUGACGGUCUGCGGCUACGUUGCCCACCCUUCAAUGCUCACGUAUCCGAACGACAUUGAAAAGAUCGUUAUUCCAUACUCGUGUGCGGCUUCAGAGAUCGACAUGGCAAUGUCAGCAGAACAGGCGAAGCAGACCGRGGAGAUCCUGAAAGCAAAAACAGCCAAGACCAAAGAUGAUGGUGUCGAGCAUGAGUUCGUCAUGUAUCAGGGAGUCCAUCACGGCUUCGCAGUCAGAGCGGAUGAAGAUGAUAAGCACGAGGCGGAGGCCGGUAAAAAGGCUGAGGCGCAGGCCGUUGCUUGGUUCACUCAAUGGUUUGCCAAGUCGAAAUGA